CCAAGCUGGUCAAGAACUCCAAGUCAGGAGCCCGUCGUAGCGCUGCGUGACGAUGAGCCGGGUGGCCAGCGGUGGGGGAGGAGGGGUGGAGCGGCGGCGUCAGUACAGGGGCGUGAGGCGGCGGCGGUGGGGGAAGUGGGUGUCGGAGAUCCGGGUGCCUGGCACGCGGGAGCGCCUGUGGCUCGGCUCCUACGCCGCGCCAGAGGCCGCCGCCGUCGCGCACGACGCCGCGGCCUGUCUCCUACGCGGUCUCGCCGGCGCCGGCAGGCACCUCAACUUCCCGGAGAGCGCGGCCUGCUACUCUCAGCGCGGGCACGGGCCGCCCCUGUCGCCACGGUCCGUGCAGCGCGUGGCGUCCGACGCCGGCAUGGCCGCCGACGCGCAGCUCGUCGAGGCGCGGGAGCGCGCGUCGCCGCCGGCCGGUCAGGCCUCUGGUGCCGCUGCGCAAGGUGGUGAAGGUGCAGGAGAACAAUGGUCAUCUGGGCCGUACAGAGACGGUACUAUUACUGCGUAUCUGUGCACGCCGUGCGCCGGCGGGAGCAGAAGCUCGAGCGUCGGUAGUGAGCAUCUUGUUUACGGUGAUAUUAGCGUAGACGAUUUGGAGAUCUUGAUGUAAUCAGACAGCAGAUGCAACAAAACAGAAUUACAGGAUCGAAAUUAGAAUGUUCCACGGACUAGUACUUCGGUGAGAUUUUUAAAUUUACUCUUGUUUUGAC